AGUGAAAUCAAGCAGAUAACAUUUGGUUUCGUUGGUUUUGAACUUCACAAAUAGAAAAUGGUUUUAGUAAAUAGAAAAAGAAGAAAAAAAAAAAAAGACAAAAAGAGUAAUCUAUGUUCACAAAUAGCACUUGAUUAUAACAGUGAAUCUUUGCAAAAAAGUUAAAAAAACUUUCAAGAAACUGAUCCAUCCAAAAUACACUAUCUUGUCUUCACUCUACAAAAUUCCUGUCAUUACUCUCUCGAACCCUUUCUCUUUUCGAAUCUUCCCACUUUGUUCCAUCUUCUCCUUCUUCUUCUCUCUUCAAUGUUUCCACUCUCACAAAAUCUCCAUGACUACAAAACGUAUAGACAGAGAUUUCCCAUCUUCCGACGAUCCUUCCGCCGCCGCUAAACGCCGUGUCAACGACAUCGAAUUCCCCGAAGAAACACUCGAAAACGACGGUGCCGCCGCCGCAAUCAAACUCCUUAGCUUACUCCUCCAAUGCGCUGAAUACGUUGCUACUAAUCAUCUCCGUGAAGCUUCAACACUCUUAUCCGAAAUCUCCGAGAUAUGUUCUCCGUUCGGUUCUUCGCCGGAGCGUGUCGUCGCUUACUUCGCACAAGCGCUACAAACGCGCGUGAUCAGCUCUUACCUCUCCGGCGCGUGUACUCCACUCUCAGAGAAGCCACUCACUGUUGUUCAGUCUCAGAGACUCUUCUCCGCCUUGCAGACUUUUAACUCCGUUAGUCCUCUGAUCAAAUUCUCACAUUUCACGGCGAAUCAAGCGAUUUUUCAGGCGCUUGACGGUGAAGAUUCCGUUCAUAUCAUCGAUCUCGAUGUUAUGCAAGGUCUUCAAUGGCCGGCUCUGUUUCACAUCCUCGCUUCACGUCCUCGAAAACUCCGAUCAAUUCGAAUCACCGGAUUUGGUUCCUCCUCCGAUCUCCUCGCUUCCACUGGCCGGAGACUCGCCGAUUUCGCAUCAUCGUUAAACCUGCCUUUCGAAUUCCAUCCAAUUGAAGGAAAAAUCGGAAACCUAAUCGAUCCGAGUCAACUCGGGACGAGACAAGGGGAAGCUGUGGUGGUUCACUGGAUGCAACACCGGUUAUACGACGUCACCGGGAACGAUCUCGAGACGUUGGAGAUUCUACGGAGGUUGAAACCGAAUCUGAUUACGGUGGUGGAGCAAGAAUUGAGCUACGACGAUGGAGGAAGCUUUUUAGGAGGAUUCGUGGAGGCUUUGCAUUAUUAUAGCGCGUUGUUCGACGCGCUUGGAGAUGGAUUGGGUGAGGAGAGUGGAGAGAGGUUCACGGUGGAGCAGAUUGUUUUGGCGACGGAGAUAAGGAAUAUUGUGGCGCAUGGAGGAAGGAGGAGGAGGAGGAUGAAGUGGAAAGAGGAGCUGAAUCGGGUCGGGUUUAGACCCGUUUCGCUUCGGGGUAACCCGGCGAUGCAAGCGGGUUUGUUGUUGGGUAUGUUACCGUGGAAUGGAUAUACUUUGGUUGAAGAGAAUGGAACCCUCCGUCUUGGUUGGAAGGAUCUCUCGCUUUUGACUGCCUCUGCCUGGAAAUCUCAGCCGUUCGAUUGAUUUUCUUUAUUUUUAAACAGUUUUUAUUACUAUUA